ACUGUUUAAUUGGUUUAUAUGUCCAAGAUUUGUUUUAGAUCUCUAAUCAAAAUAACGUUUGUCUACAAAAGUUUAUAUGUUACGGACUAAGCAAUAGUUUACAUUUCAUGGUGGUUCUGUGUAUUAAAGAAACAGUUAGUGCAGAUGAAUGACCCAGUUUCGAAAUCAUGGUUAAUAUGGUGAUAACCAACUGAAGUUGUUUGAAAUUAAAAUGAACUAUUUCAUAUACGAAAUACGGCUAUCUUCCAAGUUUUUUUCUUAACAUACCGAAAAUAUUAUUCUUAAAUAUUAAAACAUAGAAUACAAUUGCGAAUUUUAUUUAUCGAUAUAAUUGUUUGAUCAAAAUGUCAAUAAUUAUUAUAUUAUGCGUGAAUUUUUAUCUCAUGAACAUUGUUCAGAGUUCUACAUUAACUACACCCCCGCAAUCGGCAGUGGUUGUCGCUUUUGAAGAUAUCUAUGAUUUAUCUUUAUUAGCCAAUACUUUAUCAGAUCAAGGGAUUGAUACUACAUUAAUUAUACCAGCAUCCAACGAAAAUGAAGUUUACGAAACUUUAAUUGAUGUUGAGGUACUAACAGUGAAAGUCGAAAUUAAAGAAUCAACGUAUUCUGAAAAGAAAACGAUUCAAAUCUGUGAGGCUUUAUUAAAAGAUGAGCAAAUAGCAAAAAAGAUACAAGAAAUUCAACCUACUUUUACAGUAUUUCCUGCACUCAGACAUGAUGGAUGUUUAUUACCAUGGGCAAAAACUGUUGAAUCUAUUCCGGUAAUAUGGACGCGCAAUCGAGAAGAAGAGAUAUAUGUAUUUGAAUGGACUGGUGCUGCUUUAUCAAUUCAAAAUACAGGAUUUUGGACUAGGUUAUGGACGAAUAUGUCAAGAAGAUCAACAUUUUACACAGUUCGAGACGAAUAUAUAAUAUAUGCUCUUCGGAUAGUGGGAAAAUACUUGCCACACACCAAUCUCAAUUUAGAUAAUUUAUAUGAUGAUGUUCAUCUUAUUCUUUGGGGAGCUGAUGUUAUCUUACGUUCAGAUUUUGCACCGCUGACCCAAUUGAUAGUGGAAGUUGGUUGUCAUCAUUGUAGAGGCCCACAUCCAUUGCAAAAUGAUUUACAUAAAGCAUUAAUUGAGUUUCGAUUGGGUACCGUUGUAGUACUUUUGGACGAAAAUUAUGAAACAUUAAUUAAAGAGCUUGCAUGGAAAUUACCACAGGGUAAAGAAGGCCAAGCAGUGGUUUGGAAAAAUAUGAAAUGGCAAAACUUGAAUGAGAAUUUACCGGAAAAUCUUUUUGUCCAUCCGAGAAUUGAUCGGCAAGAUUUAAUAGGUUACGGACGUACAAGAGUAGUAUUAAGUCAUUGUGCAGAUACAGAGCUUUUGGAAUCUGCAUUUCAUGGAAGUCCAGUAAUAUGUUUUCCUAGAAACUCUUACGAAGUUAAAAAUACUGCACGAGCGAUCCAAUUAGGUUUUGCACGUUCCGUUGAAGAGAUUCAUACUUUGUCCGGCGAGGAAAUAGCCAAUACCGUGAAUCAUAUUCAUGAAACAAUGGAUUACCGUGAGAAUGCUAGAAAAGUUUCUUUAGCCAUUCGUGAUAGAAUAAAUCCUGCUGUAGAUAGAUUAAUCUAUUGGCUGCGUUAUAUGGCCAGAACUAAGGAUUGGAAUUUGUACUUUUUAAUGCCAGUUAAUUCAGUAAAAACAAUGAAUGAGGAUCUUCAAUUUUUUCUUGGUCUCUUUGUAGGAGUUGUAGUAGGAGCAUUUUCUACAAUUGGUUGUAUGUUAACAAGAUAUUUAAUUAUAUCUAAAAAAGUGCAAAGAUCAAAAGGACGAUAUACACGAUGAAAAUGUAAGUGAAUCGGAAAUGAAAAAAGAAGUGGAACUGAUAAAAAGGCUAAUUACGAUCAUUUUUCGCAUAUGUAUUUAUAUAAAUGCACGUAGAGUACAGGUACAUACAAAUACAAAUGGUACGAGCUAGGGUUUAUCUCAUUGCUAAUGAAGAGAUGUAACUAUUAUGAGAAUAUUUGAUUGAUAAGAAUGAUUGAUGAUUGAUUGGAAAAAGCUAGAAAGUACGAUAGUAGCAUAUUAUCGUUGACGAGGAGAGAAAAAUAAAUUACAAUUUAUCAAUACUGCGCUCUGUAUGUUGUUUCGUUGCACGAGUGCUCGCUCGUGUGCGUUUAUCGCUUAAAUCUUUAUAAAAGUACGGACGAAUCGGUACCUAUAAUUCAUACGAUUUUCUCUCUCCCUCUCUUUCUCGCUCGCUCGCUCGCUCGCUCUCUCUUUUAAGGCCAUGUUCUUCUAAUUAAAUCAAUUGUUUUAUUUAUGCCAUUUGAACAAAGAAUGAUUUAUUUAUGUGACGAAUAUACAAAUUGUUUCAUUCUAUAAAAUUCAAUACUAAAGUUAUGUUUUCAAAUUUAUUUUUUUAGAUUUCAAUCAAAUAGAUUAAUAUCAAGCGUUUUUUCAUCAUGUUUUUUAUAAUGAAAAAAGAAUACAUAUAUGUGUAUAUAAGUAUAUGUUUAUAUAAUAAUUUAUAUAUAAUAUAUAUAAUAUUGCUAUAUAUUGGCAUAUAUAGCAAUGUUUGUAUUUCUUGAGUAUUUAAAAAUGAUUGAUUAAUUUUUUGUAAUGUAUUAUUUUAAUUAAAUAUUCAUAUUUGAAAAUUGUUUAUUUAUGAAUGGAUUUGUCUACCAAUUAUUUCGAUAUAAUCGAUAUUAUAUUAUAUAAUUCUUUAAAAAUAAAUCAAAAAACAAGAAAUUUUAUAAAUUGAUUAUUUUAUUUAAAAUAUGAAAUUAUUAAAUUUUUAAAAUAUUUAAAUAUUUUAAUUGAAAGAUUUAAUUUAAAUGAAACAUUUUGUAUAUUUGCAUAUCGUCGUCGUUAAUUCAUAAUAGUUUCAUAUUAAUUUUGCAUUAUCUCAAUUAAUAAAAAAAAGAAAACAAUUAUUACAUAAGUACUUAUAUAUAUUAUAUUUAUAUAUAUUAGUACUUAUAUAUAUUAUAUAUAAAAUAUAGAAUAAACUGAUCUUUGUUCUAAAAAAAAUUCAUAAUCUUUAUAAAAAAGAAAAAUAUGAAGUAAAAAUCUGUAUAUAUGUAUGUAUAAUAUGUAUAUGUAUAUAUUCUUCGAUAUAAAGAAUAUUUUCUUGAUAUAAAAAAAUAGCAGAAGAGAAUAAAAAAAAAAAAGAAUUGCCUUGUAAAAGCGAAAAAUUAUCGAGCAAUUAUAAUUGAGAGAUCGUGAUAUAUGAUCAAUUCGGACUUCGUAAUUGACUAGACUGUGAUCUAUCUAGAUCAGCGUAGCUGAAAUGCGACGAAAAGGCAUCUUCCACUUCGCGCAAUGAGAUAUUACAAAAUUGUUAUUUCCUAAAAAAUAUAAUAAAAGAUACCAAUGAAUAUUGAUGAUGAAUAAAAAAUAAAGAAAUAAAAUAAAGAAUAAAAAAAAAAAGUAAGAAGAAAAUGACAGAUCAUAGAAAACACAAGAGCAAUCACUCUUUUUUAAAAAUUCCAGUUUUAUCUUCUUCUCCUAUUUAAUGCAAUUUUCAAUGAACCUAAUUAACAUAUUUAAAUAUAGGUGUUUUAAAUACAAAUUAAUGUAUUCAUGGAACACCUUUGAAGAGUCAUUUGUAGAAAUCAACACAAACAAAAAAAUUGAUAUAAAAAUAUUGAUUGAUUUAUUUAUUCAGUUAUAAGUAAUUAAAAUUUGUAUUAGAUGAAGUUAGAAUGAGAUAUGAAAUAUGAAAAUAAACUAUCUCACUCUAGUUCCGUCUCAUUUCUAACGCAAAUUCAAAUCGUUUAUAAUUUAAUAAAUAAAUCUCAAUCAAAAUUUUUGUAUUUGUUUGAUCUCUAGAAUCAAAUUUUCAAAAAUGUUAUAUAAAUAUAUAUAUAUAUGUAUACAUACAAUUAGCGAAAGCAAUAAUAAUAAUAAUAUUAUUAAACUUUAUCAGAUAUUAAAGUUUACAUACUUUAAGAGAUAAAUAUAUUGGAGAAAAUAAGAAAUUAUAGAAUUUCGCUUAUAUUUGAUGUCAACUUAAUUUUUAACAUUUUGUUGUUUUAAUUUAUAAUCUUCCACUAAUUAUACGUAUGCUCUUGUGUAUAUAUGUUUAUCUAUAUACAGUGCGGCAGUUACGAUUGUAAAAUCUACAAAACAGUAAGAAGAUAGUAUGUACAGUCAAUUGUUUUCGAGUCGAGCGACUCGAGGCGAACUGUCAAAAGCGGAUAUGUAUCACUAAAGCGGCCUAUUUUUUCUUGCUACAUUUCUCUCCGAUCUCACUUUUGUAGUCCACCUCAUUUCUUAUAACUCGUAUUAUACACAGUUGACAUAUCGCAAAUCGUGUAUAUUGAGUUAAGAAAGUAUUUAGACGCUUGCAAAUAUGAAGCAUAAUGUGCACAGAUCAUAUGAGUUAUGCUGAAACUUUUGAAAUAUGAUCCCAAGUUAUACAAUCUGAAUAAAUAAUAAGCUGCAAGUCGUUAUAAAAUAAACUUCUUCUUAUUAAAUUACCUCUUAUUAUUAAACAGUAUCUUUUAAUCUUUUAAAAUUUGUUUUUAUUAAAACAUGAAAUUUAUUAUUACUUUAAAUUCUACAACAUAACAUUGAUGUAUCAAAAUCAAAAAUUGUUAAAUAUUGAAAAUUAUGUUUUAAAAUUUUUAAUUUUAAUAAAUUUUAUGUUAUCGUAAAUAUUUUCAAUAUUAUGCAUCUUAUUGUUAAUUGUAUAAUAUAAUUAAUAUUAUUAAAUUUUUCAUAAUCAGAACAAUAUUUUAAAAACUUCAGCUUAACUAUUUAUAGCAUUUUGUUUUUACAUCUGCAAAAAGUAUAAGUAUAUUUUUACCGCUCAUUAUAGUUCACUUCAUAUUUAAGUGAAGACAAGGUGGUUCUACAUACUAGAGAGCAUUGGUAUACAAUGAGAUACCUACACAUUGUGAAGGUCUUUACUUCGAAUAUAAAUAAGACUCUCAUGGCAUACGCAAAUAUAUGAGCACAAACAAAAAAAUAAAAGAAAAGAAAAAAUAUAAAGAAAGGAAAUAGAAAAAAAAGAAAUAGAAAAAGAAGAAUGGUUGUUGAAUAUGGCCUCAUAUCUCGUCUAUAUUACUCUAUUUCAUUUUCGUGCUCAGAGGCUCGCUUAUUCAACAUUAUCUUAUUCACGCGCAACACAUGCAUGCUUCAUACUAUCAUCAUUCUUUCACUCUUUCAUUCUCUCUUUCUCUCUCUCAUAUCAAUAAAAACUGUAAAUUAUCAACAUAUUGAGUUUCAGCAUGAGAUCAGCGUGUCGCGAAUACUUUUAAUUGUUUUCAAAUAAAAAAUUGAUUGAAAAAAAAAAGAUUUUUGUCCGAAAGAUUUAAUAUCGAUUAUGUAAAUGGUAGUACAAUAGGAAUACUAUUAUGUAUUUAACAUUAUGUCUUUAUACAGAAUCCAGCUGAAUAAGCAGACAUGUAUAAGCAGAUAGAAUAUUCUUUAUGAAAAAAAUAAGAAGAAAAAAAAUAAAAUCAAAUUAAUUCUAAAAUUUACUUUUUUCUAAAAAUUAAAUGAAAUAAAUAAAAUUAAUUCUUUAUUUUUUGCUUUUUUUUAUAUGUAGAAUAAUUUUCUAUUAAUAAUUCAUUCAAUCUAGAAAUUAAUCAAUAUUAUUUGUGCUCGAAAAAUUUUCAAAUUUUUUUCAAAAAUGAAACUUUAAAAAAAUUUUGUUUUUCGUUUUUUUUUUCUUAUUUUAUCCUAUGCUCAUUUCACAUGUUUGCCUGGAUCCUAUAUGAUCGAAGCCAAUUCCCAUAACAUUUUUAAAUAUUCUUUGAAAUUGAAGUGAUUUCCAUAUUUUAUUCUCAAUAUAUUAACAUUUACAUAAAUAAUGAUGCACCCGAGAGCCAGACUAGUAUAAUAAGCCACGUUAAUGCAUCUUUACAAAUAUCUUGUACUUACUGUCGCAAUGCUAAUACUGAGACGAUUCCAGUUUUCUGACAAAAAUUUUUUAAUUGAGAUUUCACUUUAUAGGAUAUUCCAUUUUUUAUUAUUACCUUGAAUAUCUCCAUCAAAUGUGAUUAACAAUGUAUCAUAGAGAAAAAUCAUUAGUUUUAAAUUUAUUAUUAUCAAGAUUAUCAAUUCUUUUAACAUUAUUUAAAGUUAAAUAAAAUGUAUUACAAAACACAUUAAGAUUAUUUAUUGUUUCAUGAGAUUAUUCUUAAGAUUAUUUAAUUUUUUAUAUAUUUUAUAUUUAUUUUUAUCAUCAAAAAUAACAAGAGAUAUUAAAGGUGAUCAAUGAUAUUGUUCUGUAAAUUCCAAAAUACAUAUAGAUAUAUUCUUUUAACCAUCCGGUAUGCACCCAAAAUCGAUGAUUGCUGAAACGCGGUGGACUUACGACACUCUGACUGUCAGGUACAAAAUGCACAAUAACGAAAACGUGUCACACUUCGUAGCCUCUCGCGGCGGUUUUCUCUACUCGUCUCGCAACUAUUUUCCAUAUCAGAAGCCAGAUUAGCUUCGAUAAGUUAACUUAAACGGAGAAAAUAUAAAAUACAAAAAAAAAAAAAAAAAUUAGAAAAAGAAAAA